GGGGACUUGAGUCACAGAGGAGUAUUUAAAUGGGGGGAAACCUGCAAACAGCCAUGUGUCAUCUGUCAGGAGCAGCUACAAGGAUGCACAUCCCUCUGACCCUUCUCUGCGCCGCUCUGAUGGCGGCUGCUGGUUCCACAAGUCGCCGCUCGAGGAGAGGCUCCAUCAGAAACACCAUCUACGAUAUCAAGAAUAUGGUUCAAACAACUCAGGUCCACAUCAAGUUAGUGAGGAGACAGCUGUCGGUGUUUCCACUGAUAGAAGUCAGCACUCCCUCUAUCGAUGGACUCUCCAGCAUCAGCCACGAGCUUGGACUCUUGGACAUAGAGCUGCAGAAUCCCUUCACCAGGCUCGCCAGCCAGGUCCAGGCGGACGUCUCCAGCUUGGAGGGACGGGUGCGCGCCCUGGCCCAGAUCUUGGACUGCCCCGUCCAGUCCAGGCCCAGCGGGGAGGCCGCAGACAAUCAGUUCCCGGAAAGUCAACUGUACCUGACGCUGACGAAGGUGCAGCUCUACAUGGAGAUGCUGCUCCUCAAGGAGGACAAGCUCAAGGUCUGCUGAGGAUUCACACUCAACAUGCAGAGUCUGGCCGUCAUGCAGAUAUACAGAGGCCUGUUUGCACAGAUAGCUCAAUGUACUCAAUAUCGCAAUUUGUCUUUGCACAUAAUUCUUUUUAGAAUUUUGUAAAUACUGUUUUCAGAAUAAUUCUCAAUGUGACGCUGUUCCUCUAGUUGCAAAGGAGCGAGUUCUAUGUAUAAAAUAUAUAUAAAUGUAAACAUAUAUAAAAUGUUGAUGUGUUUAUUAGACUUAUUUAUAUAAUUCAAUGUUUAAUUUGAGCAUAUUUU